AUGUCUAGACAAGCCUAUAUGGCAAAGCCAUAUUCUGGGAUAAGAUUUCCAGUUUCAAAAAUUUUGACUGGCUUCCGCUCCAUGUCUACAGCCGAAGAACAACUUAUGGAUGAUUAUGAAAAAAAGAUAUUUGGAAUUUUGAAAGAAAGCUUCCAACCUAAGAACUUACAGGUGAAAGACGUUUCGGGAGGAUGUGGCUCUAUGUUUGCUAUACUUGUUGAAAGUGAGAAGUUCAAAGGCAUUCCAAUGAUCAAGCAACAUAGAUUAGUCAACGAAGUUUUAAAAGACGAGAUUUCGAAAUGGCAUGGAAUUCAGUUGAAAACCAAGUCUAUUUAA